CUGAACCACCUCAACUACUGGACGCUGUGUUCAAGUUGCAGCCUCGAAUUGUGCUACGCAGAGCAGAGCGGAAAGUGUUGUGAUCGCCUUGUGAAAAUGUGUGCAAGGAGGACAGCAGAGUACGAGGAGGAACUUUGGGGCUCAAAGGAGGAGAAGGAGCCACGUCAACUACUGGACGCUGUGUUCAAUCUGCAGCCUGGAAUUGUGCUGCGCAGAGCAGAUCGUCGUGUGAAAAUGUGUGCAAGGAGGACAGCAGAGUACGAGGAGGAACUUUGGGGCCCAAAAGAGGAGAAGGAGCCACAACGACAACUAUUGGACAUUGUUUUUAGUCUGCAGCCUCGGAUUGUGCUGCGCAGAGCAGACACCAAUGAAGCUCUUCAUCCUGAGCAGCAGGAGCCAGAGCCCCCUCACGUUAAAGAGGAAUUGGAGGAUAAAGAGGUCUCCCACAUCAAAGAGGAAUUGGAGUCUAUCUCCAUUAAAAAGGAGGAGGAUGAAGAGUGCCUUCACAUCAAGGAAGAGGAAGCAGAGCCUCCCUACAUCAAACCGGAAGAGGAGGCGGAUAUCAAGUUUACAUCGACUGUUGUCCCUUUGAAGAGUAAAGAUGAAGUUCAAAGUGAGGAGAACAGAGGGGCGGAGCCUCCAACCAGCAGCUCUAGUUAUCACAUGACAACAGAAGGUGAUGGAGACCACUGUGGAGGAUCGCCAGCAGACGGACACUUAGCUCCACUAUCAGAUAAUGACGUGACGUCACAGUCUCCUCACACAGUUGAUGAUGACGAUGAUUAUGAUAAACAGUCUGAAGGUGCUGUGCCAUUUCACACUUACAACAAACAAUGGAAAUGUUCUCUCUGUGGAAAAACGUUUGCUAUUAACAGCAGUUUGAAAAAACACAUGAGGAUACACACUGGAGAAAACCCUUUUUCUUGCUCGUGUUGUGGUCAAAGAUUCACUCACAAGGGAAACUUGAAAAGACACAUGAGAACCCACACUGGUGAGAAACCUUUUGCCUGCUCAGUUUGUGGUCAAAGAUUCUCUGAAAAGGGGAGCUUAAAAAUACACACAAGAACACACACGGGGGAGAAACCUUUUGCCUGCCCCGUUUGUGGGAGAAGAUUCUUUGAAAAGAGAAGCAUGAAGUUACACACAAGAACUCACACAGGCGAUAAGCCUUUUGCCUGCUCAGUAUGUGGUCGAAGAUUCUUUCAGAAGGCACACUUAAAAUUACACAUGAGAAGACACACUGGAGAUAAACCUUUUUCCUGCUCAGUUUGUGGUCAAAGAUUUUCUGAUAAGGGACACUUAAAAACACACACAAGAUUGCACAGUGGUGAGAAACCAUUUUGCUGCUCAGAUUGUGGUCAAAGAUUCACUCAGAAUGGAAACUUCCAAAGACACAUGAGAACCCACACUGGUGAUAAACCUUUUGCCUGCUCAGUUUGUGGUCAAAGAUUCUCCAUAAAGGGAAGCUUAAAAAUACACACAAGAUUGCACACAGGAGAGAAGCCCUUUGCCUGCUCAGAUUGUGGUCAACGAUUCACUCAGAAGGGACACUUAAAAUCACACACAAGAACCCACACUGGUGAUAAACCUUUUGCCUGCUCAGUUUGUGGUCAAAAAUUCUCCAUAAAGGGAAGCUUAAAAAUACACACAAGAUUGCACACUAGAGAGAAACUUUUUGCCUGCUCAGAUUGUGAUGAAAGGUUCACUCGGAAGGGAGAUUUAAAAAUACACACAAGAACCCACACUGGUGAAAAACAGUUUGUCUGCUCAGUCUGUGGUCAAAGAUUCAAUUUAAAGGGAAACUUGAAAAGACACACGAGAACCCACAGUGCUGAUAAACCUUUUGCCUGCGGCGUCUGUGGUCAAAGAUUCAGUCAGAAGGAGAACUUAAAAAGACACACAAAAACCCACACUGGUGAUAAACCUUUUGCCUGUGCCGUUUGUGGUCAAAGAUUCUCUCGUAAGGAUGGGGCUAAGACACACAAGUGUGUUGGUGAGAAUCGCAGUGAUCAAGAAGCUUUAAAUGUCAAUGUUAAGUUAGGGUUAUUCGAUUAGCAUUCAUUCACGGAAUAACAAAAAACAGCUAAGGAUGAAGCCAUGGCCCACUGAGCAACCCGACGUAGAAAUGAUGUCCUUUUUAUGUAAUGAGCUGCCAUCGAAAAGAUGUCGCUGGCGGGUGCAGAAUUAAAGUUUUUAACGACGUCCGUUUUCAACGUCGUCUCGACGUCCCGUUUCCACGUCUGCAGGACGUCCAUAUGAAGUUGAAAUAUAAUUCAAAACCUGUCGGUGUGGACGUCUUCUCGACGUCUUAUAUGGACCAAAUUUAAAUCAGAAUCGGCUUUGUUGGCCAAGUAUGUUAAAAGAAACCAUGAAUUUGUCUCCGUUGGCCGCAGCCACUCUCGUAUGAAAACAAAACCGCCACUGGGACAAAUAUACAUUUAAGACAUACAAAAAACGCAAGUAUGGAGAGUCAUUGAGCAAGCAAAGUGUACCACUAGUGUGGUGAUGCUGAUUUAGUGGCAGUUGUGGAAAUGAUGCACAGUCCUCAAGCAAUUUAAAGUGGACUAAUAUUAGUCCCAUGAUCUGGUACUGUGACGAUUGUGCAAAUGGUGCAGAGUUCUCAAACACACAAGUGGCCAGUAGUAAUCAGCAACAGUAUGCAAAUAGUGCAACGUGAUAUAACAUUGAGUGUACAAAUAAUGUAGAAUUACCCAAACAGCGAUGUGCAAAAUUGGCAACGUGUUACAAUAAAAUUGUAAGUUGAUGGCAAGAGGGACGGACGCUGUUAGUGUGUUGACCAAAAUGUAAAAUGUUGACCAAAUUACGUCAGUCUUGUGAAAUGAUCAGUUAUGUAUGAAAAUGUUUAACACAGCAUUUAAAAUGCAUUUGAAUAAUUGUCUGGAACUGUGAGAGUAUGCAAAUGGUGCAUGUAUCAUUGUUUUUGGUGUAUUAGCGUUCUCAUUUACAUCGCAAUCACGUGCUUCAACAUCUCCAUGACAUGUACAUUAUGUUGAAGCAUAUGAUUACAUUAUGGCCUUCGAAACAUGUAAAUAAGAACAAAUAACAUUCCAAUAUACCAAAAUGGUACAGUAUUUGUACGCUCUCACAGUGCAAGACAAUUAUUAAAAUAUAUUUUGAAUGCUGUAUUGAACAUUUUAACAAGAUACAAUUUCAUAACACUAAUUUGUUCAACAUUUAAAUUCAUUUUGUAUAUAUUAAUGACAGUUAAGAAAUGAUUUAUUUGAUUUGGAAUUAUUUAGAAAUAUUACUAUAAUAUAACUACAAUUGGCUAUACAUUAGACACUCGGUGACAUGAUUUAUAUGAACCAUUUAUUUCCCAAAAGUUAAAGAAGGCAACAGGCCUGCAAUAGAAAGUAAAAGACUUACCAGGACACAUUUUUCAAUGACAACAUACAGUCAACUUUAAGUCAAGUCUUUUCCUCCUCUCAAUGCGGCUUGUUUCAUGUGUUCCAGCAUGUUUGCGAACAGCUUUCUGUUCCCUUCUUAAUUGUGUCUGGUUUGGAGCACAGCACCUGAAAAUGGUGCAAGACAAAUGCUAGCUUAUCUGUAUUGCACUGUAUUUAAAUUACCAUGACGUGAGAAAUACUCACCAAACAACAUUUUCCUGUCCUUUGGCCUUUCCCCAUGCUCCACAAAGCCAGCCAAGGGUGGAAUCUUUUUUUUUUUUUUUUUUUUACGCACAUGAAUUUGUUCAUUACUAUGUUUAAAUGUGCUGUAUGGUAUUUUGUUCAUUUCUAAAUAUUUUAGUUACUUGGUGGUUAUCAUUACUUAAAAGUUGAAUUAAUCGUGGGUCCGGAAGAGUUGUUUCUUCAGCUCUUAUCGGCUUGGCGGCUUCGUAAAAAGGAAUCACGUUGCACCUAUACAAUUUGAACAGCGCAUGCAAGUUAAAAACAUACUGUACAAGACAGCAUUAUGUGUGCAUUAUGCAUUAUCACAAUUAUGCAAUGUGUCAACCACAAUCAUUUACCGAUUCUGCUCUCCUCCUCGUCCAUGUCAUUGGAUUCUGGGGAGAGAACAUAAUUUGGAAAAGAAAAAAAACAAAACAAAUGUGGUCUUAAAUCUGAGCACAGGCAGUAUUGUUCAUUCACUGUUUCAAAUUCAUUAAUUUUGAAAACACACCAACAAUCUUCCAAUUCCCUCAUUGCCACGCUCCUCUUUUUGGGGAAGACGACCUCAUCCUCUUCCUCCUCAUGCAUAGAUGCUAACCUUUAUCAUCACCUCUCAGGAACAUUCUGGACAUUUUGUCAGGAACAUUUGCAUCUCAGCCAAAACAAACAUACGCCACCAGAAAAACUACUAUUUUCUUUAUAUUUUUAUAUUUCCUUUUUUUGCUGUUUGCAGUUAGUAAAUACUUGGGGUCACUCUCUCUAAAAACCAAAGACCAAGUCAAAACCUUGGUGUGCUGAUAGAUUCCGAGCUGACUUUCAGUAGUCAAAUCAAUUACGAAAAAAAAAAAAAACAGCCUCCUAUCAGCUGAAGAACAUAUCCAGAGUGAAGGCUUGCAUGUGCCAAGCAGACCAGCAGAAGCUCAUCCAUGCUUUUAUCUGAAGUAGACUUGACCAUUGUAAUAGUCUUCUGACUGGACUCCCCCAAAUAGCAUUAAACAGCUGCAGCUCAUUCAAAAUGCUGCAGAGCGGGUUCUGACCAGAGCAAAGAGGUCAGAACAUAUUAUUCCAAUUCUAAAGUCUCUGCGCUGGCUCCCAAUCAGCUGUAGAAUAGAUUUUAAAGUUCUGCUAUUGGUCUAUAAAUCACAAAAUGGUUUAGGUCCUGAAUACAUGAAAGAAAUUAUAAUGGCAUAUAAACCCAGUAGGAGCUACAGACACAGAUCAAAUACUGGAGCACAAAGUGCAAAGCAAACAUGGUGCAGCGGCAUUUAGCUGCAAUGCUGCACACAAAUGCAAUAAUUUCCCAACAGAAAUGUCAGCAUCAGGUGUAAAUGUUUUUAAAUCGGGAUUAAAAACUUCCGCGAGCUGCGGAGCUUGUGGCCCCAGACACAGCCUCGCUGACAGCCGUGGUCCUGUUGUCGCGUACGGACGAGACUCCCGAUUAGCGCCGCCAGCGUUAGAGAAUUUCAAUUUUGAAAUAAUCUUUCUUGCACUGUACAUUUCUUAUGUACAAUUAUAUUUGUUUUGAAAUGUUUUUAAGCUGUCUUUCAUUUUUUUCUCUUUAUUUUUAAAUGUUUUUAAUCAUGUAAAGCACAUUGAGUUACCUUGUGUAGGAACUGCGCUACAUGAAUAAAUCUGCUUUCUUUGUGUUGUUUUGAGUGACAUAAUAUUGAUAGCUGUUUGUUUUUU